AUGAGUGCUUGUCGUCUGCUAACGUGCUGUUGCCUGAUCGGGCUCGUGCGCUGCUCGCUGACUCCCCGCUCGCCUGCUACCGUCAGGAUCCUCAGCCCGAGGAAGUAUGCUGUGCUACAUACAGACACCGUCCAGAUCAUCUACAGGGUUGAGGGGGCGAAGGUGGAGGAGAGCGCUCGAAUGUUUGUGAACAGGAGCAUGAUGCUUGAGACGCACACAACUCAACCCUCCGUGACCCUCGCGGGGAUGGCGCCCGGCGUGUGCGAGCUGACGGUGAAGGUAGAGGACAAGGACGGGAAGACAGUGGCAGAGGACACGACAUGGUUCCUGAUAUCCAGCGCGGCUGUGGAGGGGAGGGGAGCGGGGGGAGGGGAGGCAUGGGAGGAGGGGAGGAAGAAUCUGGUGAUACCAUGGCCCGCUGUAGCCUUCGGGAGCGACGACUGGGGGAGAAUAGCGGACACCAUCCCCAUCUUCCCGCGGCAGGAGGAUCUGGAGAGGACGGAGAAGGGAGGGUGGGACCCGGGAGCGUGGGGCAGGGCGACGGUGGAGCAGGCGAGCGAUCUAUACCGGCUGUUCGACAUGGUGGAGGGGAUCAACGAGGGGUGCAGGGAGGAGCAGAAGCUUGUCCUCUCCCCUUACUUCGUGGUGGGAGGACCGGACCACAAGAGGAUGCGCGCGAUGGGAUGCCCUGACGGGGAGAGCUGCUCCUAUGCUGAGAACCUGCUGCAUAACACCACAGGCGCCCCUUCCUCCUGGCCUUACUGCAGAGGUGACUUGCGGAGGCUGUACAGGAGCGGGUUCGAGCAGGGCGUCUGGCACCCGCAGUACCAUGGGCGAUCGCACUUCGACGUGAGAGCAUGGGUGAAGUACCUCAGGGAGGACGAGACCUGCCGCAAGUUCUUUGAGCAGGGGAUGGUGUUCUGCAAUGAUACGGAGGAGGAGGAGGAGGGCAGGGGCGGGCAGCUGCGAUCGCUGCUGAGCGAGCACGUGAGGGAGCAUGCGAUCCCUGGGGUGAGCGAGAACGACCCGGAGGUGAUCAACUCUUGGAUGGAGGAAGGCCUCUCCUCCUUCCUCCGCUUCUGGGGCUUUCCUCCCCUCGUUGCCGCCAUGCCGCAUCACGCCUGCCUCUCCUCCUCCGGCGACUUCCUGUUUGAGCGUGGGUUCCUCGGCCUUGACAACUCGCACCUUGGUCCUCCCCUCCUCUCCUCCCUCCGCGUCGGGUUCGAGCCCUGCUGCCUCCCGCUCUCGGUGUCGAGGGCGCGGGAGCUGGUCAGGUGGACGGUGGAGGAGCAGGACGGGCUGGUGAACGUGCAGGUGCACGCACAGAACUUUCAUUCGUCCUCCUCCAACGGGACCGAGGUAAUGAGGAGGAUACGAGAGGUGGUGGAGCUGGUGCUGUGGAUGAGGAGGAGGUACCCGAGGAUGGUGUUCGUGACCGAGUCGGAGCUGAUGCAGCUGCGGGCCGGAGGGUUCUCGAGGGAGGUGUGGGGGGAUCGAGUCGUGUACAGGAACCACAACGAGGAGGAGGAGGUGAAGCUGCGGAUUGACCUGCACUCGGAGCUGUACACGCCCCCCCGGGUCCUUGCGAGGGAGGAGGCGAGGAGGAAGAUGGAGGGAGGAGCGGGUCAGGAAGGAGCCGAGGAGGGGGAGGAGAAGGAGGAGGAGGCCAGGAGGAAGAAGCCCUGGCUCGUGUUUGUGAGGAGAAUUCAGUACGGGACAGGGAGGAGGGAGAGCAACGAGGAGGAGGCCGCUGGAGGAGGAAGAAGAAUUUUCGAGGGUCUGCAAAUCUCACUUUAG